AUGGCCUCAAACACGGCUGCAACCCAAAACCUGAAGUCGCCUACAUUCCCUCGCCUAUCGCGCCCCAACGCCCCCUUCGCUACCGUCAUCGUCGGACCUGAAAAGAUCAGCUUUACAGUUCACCUCGACCUCCUCGUCUACCACUCGCCCUUUUUCCGCGCGGCUUUGACUGGAAACUUCAAGGAAGCGACUACCAAGACCGUCCUUCUUCCCACUGAAAAGUCCGAGACAUUCGAGUUUUGUGUGCACUGGCUCUACAACAACCGCUUACCGGACCCCAAUAACGAUGACACUCUGUUGAUCGAGAAAUGGGGUACAUCAAAUCAAGAGGGUGGAUACACAAAGACAGGUAACCUCAUUGAGCUGUAUGUCUUUUGUGGAAAAUACCAAAUCGACAAGUUGCGCGUCAAAUGCCUGGAAAAACUGCUCAUCCACGUGGAGCAGCCGGGGACGUGGCUGCCGAGCUGCGAGAUGGUGCAGCAUGCGUUUGAGAAUUUGGAUUCAAGGGACAUUCUCUGUCGAUGGAUGGUCCAUGCGCAGUGCCAGUGGGGUGAUUGGGGUCAUACUGACACUUGGGCUUGGCCUGAGAAGUUUCUGACAGGCGUUCUGGAGAGGUAUGCUAUGCUUGCGAAAACGAGUCAAAAGCAACGCCGACCUGUUCUCCCACAGUCUUCAUGA